AAGGCAUAGCACAACCAAGAAAACAUUUUUCCCACCCACUUAUUACGCGCCUUUUUUCUACCUACGUUUACCUGCUGCAUUUACUCCACACAUGCAUAUCGUCUACAAUAACUAUAACAAUAACAACUUGGUGGAUAUUUUUAAUAGUGAAUAUGUGGAUGGGCCGCUGACGUCCAAGAGGAUGAUAAUUGGCUCGUUUUCAAUGUUUCUGAUAUUUUCAUACCUUAAGCUGCUGUACAUACUCGUGGCAAUCUAUUUGGCGCUACACCACGUCCACAUAUAAAUAGGUCGAAAAAG